UUUGCAGCAUAGCGCGGUCAGCGCGGUCAGCUUUAAAAGCUGUUUUCCCAGUUUCGCCAGUCUGUGCUGAGUUCAUCCAGCAGUUGUUCUCUGCCGUCUCUGUAAAUGUCGCUUUUACGGACCCCCGACCUCAGUUUCAGUCCGAGCCACUAGUGUUCGACUCUGAGAAGCGACGCUAUGUCUUUAUGUUUCAGUCCGAGAUCAGCAGCAGAUUCAACGAGCUGCUUCAUGUCUGAGCUGCAGCAACGCAAAACAUUUACGAGGGAACCCAUUUUAUUUGCGAGGGAACGCAAUUUUUCUUAAAAGUGGCAGAAUUUUUAAACAAAACAAACAACCUGAAAUUGGUGCUGCUAUUUAAAUCGCAGAAGAGAAAAAGAAGGAUAAAAAAGAGAAAUUGGAGGGAAAUGUAGAUUAUGGGCCCUUACUCUUGUUUUCCCAUCUUCUCCAGCGCUUGUGGAAUAACGUCACGCGUAACCCGUCGAGGUCAUCACUCCGCGUCUGUUUUGCUUCGCGCUGCUUAGAGAAGUUAGCGGGCUAAGCUGUUUACACACGUACAAACAGAGCACUUCGUAGGAUUUAGAUAGUACCUGCAGACUGCAACAACGAAGGGAACCCGAGUUCAGCGAUGUGGAGUGGACUAACGGAGCUGUCAGUGUCGCUGAAACGAUACAGUAAUGUUAGAAUGACUCGCUAAAGCCGACUAGACCAGCACAGCUGAGCUGAACGCAGCGCCGCAGCGUCUCACAUAAACAGCAGCGGGUUUAAGAAGUGGCUCUCUAAAAUCAAACACCGUCAUAUAAGGGGAAAAGUACACCAUGGGUGCUGAACAGAGUGGAGAUGCUGAGCAUAAGCACUCGGACUACAACUCUUCAGUUGUCCCUUCACCAGCUAAGCACAGAGCAAAAAUGGAUGACAUAGUAGUUGUUGCUCAAGGAACACAGCCAUUACGCAACAUCCAUAAUGAUCCUGAUGUCAUCAAGCUUCAAGAGAUCCCCACCUUUCAACCUCUUCUGAAGGGUGUUCUGAGUGGGCAGACGUCACCCAGCACGGUGUCUGUGGAGAAGCUGGACUCUGUGCAGGUGCUGCAGCUUUGUGUGCGCUACCAGGACCACCUACACCAGUGCGCCGAGGCUGUGGCCUUUGACCAGAAUGCUCUGGUGAAGAGGAUCAAAGAGAUGGACCUCUCGGUGGAGACGCUCUUCAGCAUCAUGCAGGACAGACAGAAGCGCUAUGCCAAAUAUGCAGAGCAGAUCCAGAAGGUGAACGAGAUGUCCAUGAUUCUGCGGCGGAUCCAGAUGGGCAUCGACCAGACCGUGCCUCUGAUGGAGCGGCUCAACAACCUGCUGCCUGAGGGCGAACGGCUGGAGCCCUUCAGCAUGAAGCCAGAUGGAGAACUCAAAUAGACCAGUACUGGACGCUCGGUCCAGAAUGUGCAGCCACCUUCUGGGCAAAAGAGCAACAUUAAGACAUUUAUUAUUUAUCUUCAGUGAAGGCUGUGAGUUGAGUGCACUGGCUGCAUGCUUUGUGCCUGGAACAAGAGUCAUUUCACUGUUAAAGACUUAAGUAACAGUACAGUGAAAAUGUGAGACUUGAAAUAUGUGUGAAUGUCGAGAACAAUUAGAAAAUCUUGUGUAAAUAAAAACGAAAGACUUAAUAAUAUUAAUCUUUUAAAUACUGUAACAGACACAGAGCUCAGAGGCUGUUUUCAGGCAAAUUUUGGCGAUUUUGUUCUGUUCCGUUUACAUGUGAGUAUCUUUGGACUGCAAGCUAAAAUGAGCUUGGCUUCUCUUGGGAUUGUGAUGUCUACAGGAAAAAUACAAUUUGCAACGAAAAAAAAAAAAAAUCAUAAAAGGUAGAAAAUAAUUACCGCACAGUUGUUACUUUCCAGAAUUCCAGUGAUCAAAUAAAAUUUUGGACUGUGACAAAAUA